GUCCGCGACUGAGGAAACUGUUUAUUUGCCUGCCUCGGAGGAAGCCGUCUCCGCGGGAUACAGGCAGCAAUCAGUCGGAUAAACAGACUUCCGUCAAAGCCGCGGUGAAUCAUUGUCAGCCUCUUGUCAUGGGCAGUAAUGUGUCGGGCAUAUCGACGCUGCAAAGAGGACAACAGCAGGGGUUCCAUAGACUUCGAAACUCUCAGAAAGACUCCCUCGGUGGCCCGUUCCCAUCCACGUCGCACCGAUGUCACCACAAACCCAAGAGGUGCCUGCCUAUCCAGUGUGGCAGCGUUGGUGGUCCCCUUCCCAUCAGCCCACUCCUCUUCCAUCCAAAUGCAAAGGGAUCCCAAAUCGUCAUGGACCUUGCCCAGAAGACAGUCAAGAGGCAGGCCAGUUUCUGCAACGCCAUCACCUUCUGCAACAGGCCCAUAAUGCUGUAUGAGCAAGUUCGCCUCAAGAUUACUAAAAAGCAGUGCUGCUGGAGUGGGGCUCUACGUCUGGGCUUCACCUCCAAAGACCCAUCCAGGAUAAAUCCAGACAACCUGCCCAAGUACGCCUGCCCCGACCUGGUCUCCCAGAGCGGCUUCUGGGCCAAGGCCCUGCCUGAGGAGUUUGCCAAUGAGGGCAACGUUAUCGCCUUUUGGGUUGACAAGAAGGGCAGAGUCUUCUACCGCAUUAACGAGUCCAGUCCCAUGCUGUUCUUCAGCGGAGUCCGCACAGCUGAGCCCCUCUGGGCCCUCAUCGAUGUAUACGGUCUGACCCGUGGAGUGCAGCUGCUAGACAGUGAGAUUGUACCUCCUGACUGUCUGCGCCCACGCUCCUUCACCACAGUGCGCUCCUCCUCUCUGCGGCGUGAAGCUGACGACUCCCGCCUGUCCGUCAGCCUGUGUGACCUUAACCUGCAGCAGGAUGAUGGAGGCUCUGCCCACAAUCACUCCCACCGCCACACCCUCCACCUGGCCUCGGCUGCCUCCUCAUCCACCUGCCCAAUACCCCAGAACUCCCUCAACUCCCAGCAGUCCUCUUUGCUGCCGUCUGCCCUGGAGAGCGACCUCCACUUCCACCAGCUGCGCGGCGCCCACAUUAAGACACUGGACGAGCAGACGGUGGCACGAUCUGAGAACGCACGGGAGGAACGCACUCUAGUUUUCACCAACCGGCCCUUGCGCACUGGAGAAACGGUCUUCAUCAAAGUCACCAAGUCCAGCCCGGCACGCUCGGGCUCAUUGUCCUACGGUGUGACGUCCUGUGACCCGGCGGUGCUGCGCCCCAGCGACUUGCCCUAUAAUCCAGAGGCUCUGGUGGACAGGAAGGAGUUUUGGGCAGUGUGUCGUGUGCCGACGCCUCUCCAAAGCAGUGACAUCCUGGGCUUCUUGGUCAAUCCCGAAGGGGAGGUCAUCCUCAGCCACAACGGCACCAACGUGGGCAUGCAGGUGUGUGUGGACAACUCCCGCCCACUCUGGAUGUUCUUUGGUCUCCAUGGGGCUGUGACUCAGCUGAGGAUUCUCGGUUCCACUCAUCUCGGGGAUCCGCGGGCCACAUCGAACCCCAGCUCGCCCUCCUCCUCUCCGCAUACCCCCAGUGCCCUGGGCAGUGGCAGCUCUGAUCCGGUGCUGAACGGAGGCCUGUGCUCAGCCGCUUACUGCAGCUCAGCGGGGGGAACAACCCAAAAUUCACCAGUCAGCCUCCCCAAGUCACCUACGUUCCCAUCAGGCCGCGGGCCUUGGUCCGACGAGUGUUCGAUCUGUUAUGAGAACACGGUGGACACGGUCAUCUAUGCCUGCGGACACAUGUGUCUGUGCUACACAUGCGGCCUCAAACUCAAGAAGAUGUCCAACGCCUGCUGUCCCAUCUGCAGAAGGCAGAUCAAAGACAUUAUCAAGACCUACCGGAGCACGUAAGGGGACGGACGCCCUCGGUAAGAACGGCAAAAUCCCAGAGUCAGGGAAAGAAAUGUCUAAGUUCAGGGAAUAUGAACUCUGGUACUUUAAUUUUGGUAUAUUCACACAUUUAUCGUUGGUUGGUUCUUUCACAAGGCCUUCACUGGGAAGGUCUCUUUCACUUUAGAGUCGCUGUCACAGCCUCCCUGCAGAGGCAGCACUUGAAGUGACAGGGGGAUCCACGGAGACCUUUAUUCUUACCAGAAGUGUUCGAUCUCUCCUGGAAUCCUGGAAAACUUUGAAGGAGAGGGGAAAAACUGAACCAGUUCCAAAAGUCUUUCAUUUGUUGAGCCAUGUCAUAAGAUUUAGGGACUGGGGCUGAUUGUCUUGAUAAUAGUUCUCUUCCAUGAUGACUAAAGCUCUGAAAUAUGCUUUCAACCCGAUGCAUAUUUCUGACUCAGUAAGAAUGAACACCCUCAGCAGGUAAUCAUCUCAGUAUGUCACAACUUUUGUCUGUGUGUUACUGAUCAUUAGAAAGGAGAAGUCAUCCUGGCAGCGCCAUGACGAAGUGAUUUCUGUAAUUAUCGUGGUGAUUAUCAGUGAGUGAUGUGCUUAGAGAUGAAAGGCGGUGCUGAGUGUAUUAAGUAGGAUUGUAACACCUCUUGUACUCAUAUAAUCUAAUGUACCUUUAUGGUAGUUCUAUUGCAAAUGUCAGUGGUAACUAUAUUGUUGUGCUAGCUAGCUGCUUGCUCUGCAGUGUGGUAUAUUGCACUGAAAUCAGCAUCGUCCUCUCAGAAAUGCCCCGUUACUAGCAGAGAGGAUAAAGACAUUCAUGAGUUCAAACUAUCUAAAAACCUGCGUCCAGCAGACUCAGCAGCUCUGAAUCUAUGAAGGAAUCAGGAAGUGGAGUGUGUGUGUGUGUGUGGGGGGGGGGAUCAGUAAUUUGGAUUCUCCUCAGGGCAAGAAGUCUUUUUUUUAAGAAGAUGUGAACUAUUUUCCCAAACUCUACCUACAACCAUGCCUGAUACACUGUGAGCGCUCAUGACAAAUUGACAGGUCCUCUAAAACAGUUCCCAUAACAACACGUAAAGUCAAAGGAUUGUUGCCAUGGUAUCAAAAGCCAGCACAGCCUCCUGCCUUAACCCACAGAGGGUUCAUUUGUUACAUGCGGAUGUAUCGUAUUCUGUGUUUUCUGCCGUUCUCCAAAACCCCAAUGACAAAUUACCAAAUAAUGCUGUUGUGUGGCACAAACUGUCACAACACGUUCACUCAGAGGGGGGGAAAAAAGCACACAAAUUUAAAGUUAUUUUUGUAACAUAAAUCCAUAACAUUUCCAAUAUUUAACUAUUACAUUGUGUAAUAACCCUUGUGACAGGCCUUUCACCAGCAACAAAGAUCCUUUACAGAAUUAGUUUAGGGGCAGGGUAAUAAAAAGCUCAUAUUUUGAAUAUUUGUAUGACUUCUAUCCCCUAAUUUCAUUAUAAACAGAAAUUUCACCUGUAAAUACAACAACUCAGCAGUAAGCCAUAGCUUAUUAUAGGACAUCACUCGAAGCUGAGAGGCUCUUUUUUUCAUUUUGUAGAUCAAUAAAUGGGGCUCAAACCUAUGCUGCUAUGGUAUUUGCCAGUAGUCUUCUCUGGGCAAAUGCUGACAUUGAUGUUUUACACAUCCCUCCUCCCACAUUACAGUUUGAUUACGCUACAGCUUGAAGUGUUAAUUCACAUUUGAAUGUUAACUUAUGUACUUAGAGAGAAACAAUUUUUAUCAGUGUGCUUGAAUUGGGGAAAAAAAAAAAAAAAAAAAAAGAAGAAAAAAGUGUUUCUGUUUUGUUUUUUGAAGUUAGUUUUGAUUGAUACUCAUGAUUCUAAGAUUUGUUUUCUUGUUUAUCCAAAACCAUGAGAAAUGUAUUCUUGUUUUUUUAAUAGUGAGAAUAUAGAGGGUUUCUUGUACCUUGCAGCAAUAAGAGAUAUUGCAGUUCACAAUCAAAAGCUCAUUGCUUUGGGGUGCAAGAUGUAAACUCUGUUUUAUUACAAUCCCUGACUUUCAGAUGUUCUUUUUGUAAUUUAUCUUGUGCCCUUGUUAGGGAGCCCUACUACCCGUUCUGUAUUUAUAUCUCUCAUCAUUAUAUAGUGUGAAAACCAUCACUGGAUGGAAAUGAUAAAUGUCACUUUAUAAAGCUACUGAUUGUAAUCUUAUAAAUGUUUUGGCCAGCGUUGCUCUGAGACUCUGGCAUGUUUCAUUUUGUGCAGAUACUCCGACCAAAUUGAAAAAUCUUUGAUAUUUUUAUUUUUAUUUUUUUAAUACAUUGUAUAAAUGCAAUUCCCUUGGUACGAAAUCCAGUACUCUGUUUGGGCUUUUUUAAGAUUUACAUCCAUCAGUUUUGGACUACAUUAAUUAAUAAAAACAACUUUCAUGAAUUCAUACUAAAACAAAUAAAUACAAUUUUGGCUGUAAUCUGUAAAUUAUUUUGCACACACACUUUAAUGAAAGGAUGCAAUGCCAUUAUUUUAUUUUACUUUUUGCAUCCAGAAUACUCCACAGGCUCCUUGAAUGUUACUGAUCCUGUAAUGUAUAUUUAUUUGUCCAUCACAGGUGUGUGGACUAUUUCCUCCAAACUUGCUUUUCUUGUGUUUUUUUUCUUCUACUUCUACCGAUAUGACUCCUGUGUCUCCAGCCAGUCGCACAGCAGCGCAUUUAGAGAUUCUUUCUGUAUAUCUUAGUACUUUUUGUCACGCAUGCAUUAUGUGUUCACUCUGCGUGAACAUCGGGACCAACAGUACACAAGCAUCAGGGUGGAACACUGUUUUGUGUUUAUGUAGACGGGAAAUCACUGGCUAGGAAUACUAUACAGAUGGCCUUUGUUGGGACACAGCGGCUGAAGUACUUUGCAAAACUGUAUUUUCUUUCUUUUUCAUUUGAAACAAGUUUUUGUGAGCUCUCUUCAGUGCGAGUCGGAUGAUUGUGGUAAAUAAACUUUCCAGAUGUGUUUGAG